AUGACCUCUCUUGAUCAGAAGAUGGAGGUUCACUCCUCCUCCUCUAUAAGGUCCAACAGUACUCUAAGCACACUCGAGGGUCCAUCUUUUUACCCAUCACGCUUUUUAACCAUUGAUGCACAAGGUAUUGGAGCCAUUCGUCUCCCACUACCAUCUCGCCAAACUGAGAUUGUUAUCUACAAUCAAGACAACACCGAGGCCUAUGUCUCCACGCGUGACAAGCCUUCCUCAGGCAAUGCGACCUUGUCCCACCCAAAGCGCGGAAGUCUUAUCCGAACCGAAUACUUCUUCGGUCCGAGCCGUGAUCCCGUUAUGCACCUCCUGCAUUCCGGUAUUCCCGAGGAAGUGAUUGCAACUGGGAAAUGGACCUCUCGAACAACGCGCUUUAGUAUGCCUGGAGGUAAACAGUUCGAAUGGGAAUAUGCCAAGGAAAAAAGGGCAGAUGGACAGAAGGUCAAUUUGAUUGUUUUCCGUGCAGUGGAAGAGAAGGGUAUGAAGAAAACAAUUGAGGGCCGGAUUGCACAGCUAGUUCGUGGAGAGGAUUCUCGUACGCCCGGAACGUCGCGAUCUUCUGCGGGCAAUGGGGGUGAAUUGCAGAUUGAUACAGCUGCGUUACAGUUCUUUGAGCUGGACGAGGCGGUCAUUGUUGCAAGCUGUUUGAUGAUGUUGAAGAAGGAGAUUGACCGACGUAGGUUGAUUCAAUUUGCAAUGAUUGGUGGAGCUGGUAGUUGA